AUGCGGUAUAUCCGCUUUCUCAAACCACCGCGCAUCAUACACGGAAAGAGUACAUCAAAAGAGCAAGUAAAUUGCCUGAUCACCAUCACUUCGGAUUUGGGGGAUUCGUUUCUACCAUGCGACGUGCUGCUCUCAACCGAGCUUUUGAGUGCAAAUACAGGAGAAGUCAUCGUGUGGAAAACUGUUCAAUGGACCGCAGGAAUACGGGCCCUCCUUGUUACUCUCCCUCUCAGCAAGUCUUGCACACGGUCCCCUUUGAGGAUUCGCAUAGGUACGGAACCCAAGUCGGGAUUCGAUGACUACAGUACACUUGCAGAAGGAGAUGGUCGCGGAGUAGUGUCCGCGUGGAGCGCGCCGGUAAAUACUUCCAGUGGAAAGAAGGAAGCUGCGAAGAUUGUGGAGAGACGCUUCUGUAUUGGUACCAAUGAAAUACAUAUCUGGGAAGAAACUGGUGAGAGUAUUGCUCGCCAUAUGUGGGAUGCCGGCAUCACGAUAUCUUGUCAUAUGAACGAUCUCUUAGCUAGAGUGGGCAGGGAAAGCUCUCAACUUUUACCAAAACCCCAAAGGGCACUGAAGGUUCUAGAGCUGGGUACAGGUUGUGGCAUGGUCGGCAUAUCGAUCGCGCAAGUGAUUGAAGGAGCGCAUGUUAUGCUUACCGAUCUUUCUGAAGCAGAAGAAAUCGUCAAGCGGAAUAUCCAAACCGCCAAACCAGCCAAGGAUAGUACACUCGAAUUCCGAGAAUUAGACUGGGAAGAAGACUUACCCGCAAGUUGUCGCAGUGCGCACAUAGGCUUAGUGAUUGCGGCGGAUUGUACAUACAAUCCGGACAGCUGCCCAGCCUUGGUCAACACAUGUCACCGUAUCGCAAAAGCUUCACCAAACGUCUUUGUUGCAAUAGCGAUGAAGAUCCGGCAUUCCAGCGAGGAAAUCUUCUUUGAUCUAAUGAGGGAUGCUGGCUUUCAUUCCACGCAAUCUUUGGCAUAUCCGCUUCCUGGGGAUGAAAAAUCCGGCGAAGAGACGGUGCACCUAUAUGUUUACCGUUAUGAUCGAGGAAGGAAGGAAUCGUUCAACCUGACGAAUCCCGUCUGA